GGGGUGGUUGUUGCCGGUUCUCAUGGGCAGCCCCUCCGGAUGGGGCGAUCUUAGUGCCGAAGAGGGCUCUCUGUGCGAGAGGAGUCGUUGAGCGAGACGGAGGGGGGUGUGGCACGAAGCUCACGCUGGGGCUAGCUAUUUUCAACGAAACACUUCAUUUCUGUUGGGACAUCACGUGAAACAUCAACACUUCCACUUUGAUCAACUAAGUUUUCAGAAUCUUCACCUUUUGGAAGACAGGCUGCAAUAGGGUGGACCAGGAAAUAGUUUUUUCUGCUCUGUAGAAAAGAUAUUUGAGUUUGGGAGUAUUUCAUCUGAUCUCACAGUUGUUCCAGUUGGUCUUCGUAUUGAACUAGAUUAUUCAAGUAUCCUAAGUUCGGCCUUGGCCUGGAAUAAAUGGCAAACAAUGUCAUCAACUAACAACAUAGCACAAGCACGGAAACUGGUAGAACAGCUGAGGAUUGAGGCAGGCAUUGAGAGAAUCAAGGUAUCCAAGGCUGCUGUAGACCUUAUGAAUUACUGUGAACAGCAUGCCCGGAAUGAUCCACUGAUUCUUGGAGUCCCAACAUCUGAAAAUCCUUUCAAGGAGAAAAAGCCCUGCAUCAUCCUAUAGCUUUGCCCAUAAUGUAUGAAGCACAGCGCAUUAAAAGCCAAUUUGUGAUUGCCAACAUUAUUAAAUACUCUAACCAGUGAAGAGGUGUUUAAAUAUGGAUUGUACUUAAAACUACAGUUGAACCAGUGUUUGCAAAUCUAACAAAGGGGAUUUAGAAAUUAGUCAAUGCCAUUGAAAAUUAAGUUCACCAGAUUAAGAAGGGGAUGAAUUUUCUCAUGAGUGUGCUUUCUCAUUUGUCUAAAGUUUGAUUGAAAUAAGUAGAUAUAUUUGUUGUGGUGGGUGGGAGGGAAAAUGUCAGAUUACCUUUCUGGUAGAAAUCCCAGUUAAAUGGAAUUGUAUAAUAUAUGGACCUUCAAUUUGAAGGAAUUUUCAAAUAUUUAACACAAAAUUGAGACCCUCAUUUGAAUGUCCAAGUAUUGAAACAUUAAACAUGAAGUGGUUUAUCCCCUUUAAGUACAUAAUCAGGCUUUGUAAAUAAUGUCAAUUUUAAGUUACUCUGCUUAGUUGAUCAAUACUGGGUGUAUUAGUUUUAUUAGUAAGUUUGAUUAAUUUAGCUCAGUGAUAGGAUUUUUGUGAAACUGUAUCUUCCCAAACAUUAUCUAUUUUAAUCAAUGUCAGAAACCUGUUUUAGAAAAUUGAACAUUGUGCAGCAAAGUUUCCAGAGUGUAGCUUACGGUAGAUCAGAAGUAAUAGAAACUUUAAUGUUAAAGAUUUGUUUUUAGGUUAUGUGUACAGAAUAAUUUUUCAGUGUCUUGAUUUACACUGACAAUUGCUAAUUAAUAUAGAACACUACAUAUAUGGCAUCAAUAUUGGUUCAGAUUUGUAUUACAUAGUGCUCUAGUGCAUUUGGCAGUUUGAUUUUUUUUAAGAGGUGGAAGGAGGCAUAACAAACUCAUCACUGACUUAAACUGGGUGGGAAAGCAAUGUAUGUUGCACCUAAUACUGUAUAUUUUCUUCAGGUAAUUUAAAAUCCUGCAUAGUAAAUGAUAAAGGAAUAAAUAGUAAACGUCAACUUGUCUUUUGGCCCUUUGGCAAAUCAGAGUUUUUAAUUGGCUAAGAUUUGUAUGAAUUGUGAUUUGAAGAAGUUAUUAAAACAGUUUCUGUGGACUGUGGAAGAAGCUAUUAAAUUUGAGAAAAUCUUAAAAUGAAUUCAGCAAUUUCAACAGACUGUAUUUCGGAAUUUGUACAAAAAAGUGGGUACAGUCUGCAAAAUACCUGAUCAACACUUCAGUGCUUGUCUCCUCAUUGUUAGUCAAGUUGAAUAGUGUAAGAGCAACUUCAUUCUGCUUGCAAUAUCAGGCUGGAAUGGGAAAAGUACUAGUGCCAACUGGGAUUUUACUCUGUACUUGCUGUAAACUUUUAUAAUUCCUAAUUUGAAAGUAAAGUAUUUAUACAACAGUAGUAACAUACAUUUGUAAGUUAGUUUUCCUGUAUCUUUUGAAAAAGGCUUUCCUUCUGAUUACAACUGCCAAAUGUAAAUGAUAUCUACCCAGAUAGUGAAUUUUCCUGUGGUAUAAAAUUAACUACCUGGUAAUGCUGCAUGAUUUUAAUAUACCUUCAGGUCCUACCUCAUUCAACAGAGAAAAGCCUUUGUCCUAUCAAAGCUGAAAGGCUUCCACAUUUUAAAAAAAACGGACUAGUGUUAAGGGAAAAUUGAAAUGGAAAUUCACUGUCUUUGUAUAUAUUAUAAAUGUCAUCCAAAAUCUGUGUAUCUUUUAAGUUUUUGGGUACAAGAGACAACAAAACAACCUG